UAGACAACUAUACAGAAAACGCUCAAAUUGCUGAAAUAAGUACAUGGAAUCAAUGAUGAGAGAAUAGUGAGAUUAACUGAUUAGUAAAAUAGCAGUGGAGAUGGCACUCUUUUGCUUAGAGAUGUAGUAUAGGUAAUGAAUCUGUAGAUGACUCCUGAGAAUGCUACGUAGUUUGUGGUGCAGGAAAAAGAUCAGCAUACUCAGAAUCCAGAGAUUGUGAGUCCCAGGUCGGGUCAUAUUGAAAAGUUAGCACUAAGUGAUCAUGUCAAGUGUAAUCAUAUUGAUUAAAGAUGUUUACGCUAUUUUAGCUGAACAGCGUACCACUUACCUUGAAACACCCAUACCAUUUUAUUAUAUUUUCAUGUUUUCACCUCACCUGUAAAUCUCACAUGUGAAUUGCAGAUUUACAUGUGACAUUGCAGUUUCACAUUUGAAAAUCUUUCAUCUGCGAAAAUGUUCAAAUGUUGGGGAAAUUUUGCAUCCAUCCCCAUGUCACAUUUAUUUCACGAGAUCUUGUUUUCUCAUGUAGCUUAAUGUUAUCACAUUAACUUCACAUGAGAUCACGUGAAAUUUAUGUGGUUUUUCCGUAAGGGUGGUAACACUCUUGGCUUUUGGGUCUGUUUGCUUGAGGGAAUUUUUUUCCUAUGCUAUUUUUAUGUUAUUUCUUUUCUAAAGAAUGUGUGUGAUGAAAAAGCUGAGGGUAAACAUCACUGACAUUAGUGUCAAGGCUUUGUAGUAUGGCUGAGAACAAACAUACCUAUCCUGUUUCAUCAUUAAAUCUGUAACGAUGGCAUUUUCUCCAUGUAAAUGAUUCACUUUGUCUUCUAUCACUUUUGCAUUUGUAAUGAGCUGAUUUCAAUGCGUUGGUUCGAGGGCUCGUGCUGUAGCCUAACACACUCCCACAGCUGAGUAGUGUGACAAGAUUAGAGCUGUAAACAUGAACAUUCUCCCGUAAUGUUUUUCUCCCCCAGAUGAGAAUGAAUUUCACGGACGCCAGAGGGUUAGAAGAGAGUUAAACCUGAACUGCAGAUGUUUGGAUGUGAGGAAUAUCGUAGUGUCGUCCCAUUUGAUAACUGGGCCACGGUCCUAUGCAGUAGAAGAAGUGGGGGAUGGGAUGGAGAUAGAGGAGAAGCUCACUUCCAAUCGCGUUCCUCUCCCAGUGAAAUCUCCUAGACAGCUCCAGAAUAACCCCUGCUGGGAGAGAUUUAACACGUCCAAUUCCAACUGUGCUCAGACGCAUUCCCAAACGGGCGUCGACGAUCCUCCACCUCAGAAGAAUAGAAAAGUUGCUCAAAGCAAAAAAUAUUUCUCACCACAAUCUGAACAAACAAACAUCAAACAACAGAGACUGAAGCAGCGACUUCUGCCACUGACCAGGUCCCAUUGGGGCCCAGCCUCUUCAUGUGUUUUGUGUGUAGAGCAGUCUGCAGAGGAACUAGCAGUGCCAUGGCGGUGUAGGGCGAUGGUGGCACAGAACCCUGAACCAUCUCGGCUCCCUUCCAGAAUCCUGCCAAACCUCCAAAACACAAUUAGAGCAUCUGGCUGUGAGAUACUGGAGCUGUGCCGACGUAUGUCCUCUAGGAUGAACUAUGUGAACCAUGUGAGCCCGACCACAUCUGGAACUGGAACUAGACCGGUGGGUUGGAGGUUGCUUGGGAAGCCCGUAGGGGACAGUGGAGCACAGGUGCGGGUCAGUCAACCAGAACACCCCUCCUGGAAUGUGAGAAAGUUCUCUGGGGCAUCAGUUGACAGCCACAGUCUCACCAGCCUUCUGCAUAAUAGUGAUUGUGGUUCUGGUGUAUCCAGGGGCAGCCAGACCCAGACACAUCUUCCAGAUACUGGGCUCUCUGGCUGUGCUAAAGACAGCAAAGGAGACAGCCAACAGCAUGGAUGGAAGGUCAGCAGAUCCAGGAGGGACCAGAGAGGUGGAGGUGGGGUUGGAAAAGGGAGACAGAUGCCCAGAGAAGAAUCCUUGCGGUGGGGUGAAGGAUCAACAUGGCCUUGGGACUCCGAGAGUCAGUCAAGGAACCAGCGGCAGAACGAGUCCCCAACAGACUGUGAUGUCACCCUACUGCACAUUGUGCAUCUUUUACAGUGUAGGUCAGUCAAUCUGUCUCAUGUCAGGGAAGAAGGACAAUUUGGAGAUGAUUUUCAACAUAUCCUUCACAACAGACAAACUUGACUCAAGCAAAUAGCAAGAUAUUUAGUAUUCAGAGUAGGUUAGUGAAUGGACAGGAGGAGCGAGCAAUCUUGAUAUAAUUAUUUUUUAUUCCAAGACUGUAAAUUGAAUUUUGUCUACAGUGUAAAAGGUCAUGAUAAAAAGACAAAGGAAUGAAAUAGAAGUUUGGUAAAACAACUGGGUGACCAGAAUAUCAACAACAUCCAUACAAACUGAUUCACUAUGCUAAAUAAUGACAAUGUAACAGUCUGACUUCAAACCAGGGAAGAACAAGAAGAAAAACCUGUCAUUUAAAAAAAAGAUCAGUAGCUAGGUUGCAUGAAACUCUUGUCUAUGGACCAAAAGUUUAACAAAAAGGUAUGAAUGUGUAGUUUAACAAAAAGGUAUGAAUGUGUAGUUUAACAAAAAGGUAUGAAUGUGUAGUUUAACAAAAAGGUAUGAAUGUGUAGUUUAACCAAAUGUAUGAGUAUGUAGUUUAAUCAAAUGUAUGAUUAUGUAGUGUAACCAAAUGUAUGAGUAUCUAGUGUAACCAAAUGUAUGAGUAUCUAGUGUAACCAAAUGUAUGAGUAUCUAGUGUAACCAAGCGUAUGAGUCUAGUGUAACCAAAUGUAUGAGUAUCUAGUGUAACCAAAUGUAUGAGUAUCUAGUGUAACCAAAUGUAUGAGUAUCUAGUGUAACCAAGCGUAUGAGUCUAGUUUAACCAAAUUUAUGAGUAUGUAGUGUAACCAAAUGUAUGAGUAUGUAGUGUAACCAAAUGUAUGAGUAUGUAGUGUAACCAAGUGUAUGAGUAUGUAGUUUAACUAAAUGUAUGAGUAUGUAGUGUGACAAAAAGUUCUGAGUAUGCAGUAGAGGUUGUAAUACAACAUAAAUAGAGAAAAUAUUAAAGUCAGAGUAUAAAAAAAUCAAAACAUAGUCAUGUGCACUUGUAUAACAUGGUAUAGCUAUGUUAAAGUAAUACUAGUCCAUUAACACAUGUACUGUACUUUUUGUGAACAAACACACACAUACAUACAGUGCACAACCAUAAGAAAAUAGACAGCCAUAAUGUCUGACAGAAGGAUACAGUAUGUAUACAUUUUAUACAAUUCACUUUUUCCAUCAUUUGAAUAUAAUAACACUAACCGUUAGGUCUUGCAAUGCACAUGUUAGCAGAUUUUACAAAUCCUGAAUGUUCUAGACAUAAUUACGUAUAUUUUCCAAGCAGCAGCGGUAUGGGCGGCCAUCUUGCCUGCGUUUCUGAGUCAAGCUUGAUUUUAAAGUGCUGCUGUUAUCAUGUUCCUGUGUUGUUGUGUCCUUUAUGAUAGUUCAGUGCUUUAGUGAUCAUUACAAAAAUAUAGAUUUCAGGGGCAACAUAAUGGGGACAUCAAUAUUAUGCUCUGCUCUUCUCUACUCAUGGGCAAAACAGUCAGAAAAUGAAUGUUAUUGCUCCUCUUAAAACUAUUUUCGCAUUGACUGGGGUUGGUCGAUCGAAUCGCAGCUUGCAUCCCAAAGUACAGUUUUAUUUCUGCACACUCUGAGGUGUCUUAGGACGAAAGACCCGUUUUAAAUUUCACCAGUGACAGAUGUGGUAUUGUUGAACCUCAGUUACAUACAUUAAUAUCUGAGAGAAUCAUAGUAAGACAAUGACGUUUCACCAUAACACAACAAAUCUCAAUAUUGGCCUGUGAGACAGUGACACAGUUCCCUGUCACAUGCGUUCAUAUGUAUCAACAAUAGACUUAAAGUAAUUACUAAACGAUUAGCGACAUUGUGCUCCAUUCACUAUAUCCCUUCCACACCAGAGAGAGCUGAAUAAAGAGAGAGUGAGAGAGAGAGCGAGAGAGAGAGAGGGAGAGAGAGAGAGAGAGAGAGAGAGAGAGAGAGAGAGAGAGGAGACACGCACGCUGACACACAGAUGACAACCAACCCCUCUUCGAGCUCCAAGUGAUGGCGUAUCAGCUUUAGGAACUGCCACAUGAAGCAACAUGAAUAAAAGUGAAGCAACAUGAAUAAAAAUGAAGCAACAUGAAUCAAAGUCUAACCAACAUCAUUGGUUUGCAUUUCUCAUAAUCUGGGGUUGAAAUAUAUGUCCCUGUAUGUGGCAACAGGGACAUUUUUGAAUCUACAAAUUC